AAGGUGAAGCCAAGCAAGAUAAACGGCGGACGAGGGGGCUGCUCGCAGCUCACAAUGCCCGAGCGCAUCCCCUGGUGAGAGCUCGCGGCCAGCAGCGAAGGCGACGCGGAGGAGCGCGAGGAGCCGGAGCGGGAGCGGGAGCCGGCGGAGGAGCCCGGCGGGCAGCAUGGAGCGGGCGCUCAGCCUGGCCGCGGAGGAGGACUUGUUCCACAAGAGUCUCGGCGCCUCGGCCACGAGGAUGGAGGCCGCCUUCCGCGCGCCCCCGGGGCUCGACCUGAGCCACCCGCGCGAGCGCCAGCCCUCGCCCCUCAGCUGCUUCGAGCCGGGCGAGGCGGAGGGGCUGCUGCAGCCCGGGGCGGCGCUGGGGGCCGGCGACCCCCUGGCGCUGCCGGCCGGCUCGGUGUGCGGCAAGUACGGCGAGAGCACCAGCCGCAGCUCGGUGGCGGAGAGCAGCGGCGGCGAGCAGAGCCCCGACGACGACAGCGACGGGCGCUGCGAGCUGGUGCUGCGCGGGGGAGACCCGCGGGCCGCCUCGCCCGGGGCGGGGGGCGCCGGGGGGGGGCUGAAGGCGGCCGAGGGCGGCUGCUCCAACAGCCACGGCCUGGGCGGGAGCAAGAAGUCGAAGGAGCAGAAGGCGCUGCGGCUCAACAUCAACGCCCGCGAGCGGCGGCGGAUGCACGACCUGAACGACGCGCUGGACGAGCUGCGGGCGGUGAUCCCCUACGCGCACAGCCCCUCGGUGCGGAAGCUCUCCAAGAUCGCCACGCUGCUGCUGGCCAAGAACUACAUCCUCAUGCAGGCGCAGGCUCUGGAGGAGAUGCGGCGCCUGGUGGCUUAUCUCAACCAGGGCCAGGCCAUCUCGGCCGCCUCCCUGCCCAGCUCGGCGGCGGCAGCGGCGGCCGCGGCCGCCGCCUUGCACCCAGCCCUCGGUGCCUACGAGCCGGCGGCCGGCUACCCCUUCAGCGCCGGCCUGCCCCCUGCCAGCUCCUGCCCGGAGAAAUGUGCCAUUUUCAACAGCGUCUCCUCCAGCCUCUGCAAACAGUGCACGGAGAAGCCUUAAAGCCCCGGGCAGGGCAAGGAGCUGGCCGGGAGGGACUCGGGGCAAGGACUUAAGCUAAAUCCUCCGUUUCUCGUGGUUAUUAGGCUUAUGGGUUUUUUUCCUUUUUUGGAAAGGGCCGGGGGUGGGCUUGGGGGCUUUCCUCGUGGAAGUGGUGACUUGAUCGCAACCAAGACCUCAGCGAAGUAAAAAAUCGCAAUUGUGUGUGUGUGCGCGCGUGUGUGUGUGGGGACACAGAGAGGCUGAGAAAUAGCAGCCGGGGGAGGAAAAAGGAAGCCCCCCCCUCGGCUGAUGUAUUUAAAUCUCGCUUAGUGGGACUCGGGGACUCUGCCCCAGCGAGCUGAGGACCGGGGGUGGCUGGCUGGGGUGCGGGCGGCGGGGGCUCCGGCUGCAUGGUCAUUCAGACAAAUCAGAAGGGGCACUUGCAACCAAUUGUUUCGAUGCUGAGCCAGGCGCCAAACUAACUUGAAAUGUAGACUUCUUAUUUAAACGAAACCAAGAGACUGAACCAUUGCUAUGAAAGACUGACUUGUAUUUUUUAUUGUCUCUGAACUUUGAUCCUGUGAAAAUGCGCGAAGUUUUGGCGAGAGUGAUUUAAAGAGAGAAAAACUAACACCCUACUCCGUGUGGCUGAAAGUAUUGCAUUUUUAAAACAAAUAUUUAUGUGCACCUUGUUUCUUUCCACGUUGCAAUGAUGUAUAAACAAGACAUGAUAUUUAUUUGUUCUUCUUUCAAGGACCCUUCCAUGCCAACAAUAUUUAUCAUGUGUUAAGGUCACGGGUCUUAUGUGCAGUUUUUUUUUAAAUGCUUCUAAAAUUCUGUUUUAUGGAUUAACUAAAACUGUGUGCCAAGUGUUUAAAACGUUUAUUUGCCAACAACGUAUACGCAGAACUAUUGCUGUAUCGAAGCUGCUUAGGUUUAUGAAAGGUCGUCUGGAUUUUAAGUUGCAUCAUCCCUGUAUUUAAAUUGAGCUUUAAUAAAUUGCUUCAGUCCAAAAAUCACAGGAAAGGUGUAUUCUUAAUUCUCAAUUAACUGACUUUUUAAAAAGGGGUCUCUUUGCAUUAUAAAGGGUAAUAGCUAUUUACUUUUACAAGGCAUCAAAGCAAUAGCUCCUAUGGGGUGGGAGGGGGGAAGGAAGACACUUGCCAAGCUCAUGUGUUUCCAGGCGCUGAUCUCUUUUAUUAUUAUUUUAUUUAUUUUUCAAAAGGUAUAGAUUAAUUUACAGACAUAUUGAGAGCAAUUAAAUUAACGGUGGAUGAUUAUUGAAAUUGAAAUACUUUGGGUUGAUUUACAGAAGGCCUGAAAUCUUUUUUUUUAAUCUAAGGAAAAAUAAAAUAGGGACAAGAGCAAAAAGUGUCUCUGUACCCAAAGUGAGCUUUCAGUCUGAGUUUGCAUGGCUGGGUGGCUCUCUGCCAUUUGUAAAUCAAGAUAUUCUCUUCCCCCCCCCCCCUUCAAAAAGGAGUCCUGCUCUUUUCCACUACUUGCAGAUAAUACAAAUUCGGACUGUCAGGUUGGAUGGCAAAAUAGGAGCCGUGAUGGAUCUGUUGGCAGGUCAUGGAUGUGUAAAGAGUGAUAUAUAUUAAAUAGGUCAAUCAGAUGAUGACAGCAAUGUACGAUCGUUUGUAUGUGUAUUUAUGUCGGAAAGAAUCUUUAUUAAAAUAUUUUCAACAA